AGAGAGAGAGAGAGGACAGUAGAAGGAAAAGUCCGGUGACGGGCAGUCGACAAUCCUCCUUCCACUAGUCCUAUAUCUUACCCACGAAGAAAUUCAUCAUAAUUUAUUUACCAAAUUCUGCCGUCGUCAAAGUUACGUUCAUCUUGAUCUUGGGGGAUGAUCCUGAAAAGGAGGCAAUGGACCGGGUAGGCCUAUAAAUGGAAAGUUCAAAGUAAGCAACCGUGAGAAAAGUGUCUUUGUGCUACCUGAAUUGGCCAUACUUUUUGCAAACAAUCAUCAAAAGAUACAUUAAGAGGGCGACCUGACAGCCAAAAUGACAGACCACCUGGAGGAGGUUUUCGCCAAGCUGGGAACAGGCAGGUGGAACGUCUUCCACUUCCUCGCUCUCUCCUUCUGGUUCUCUCUGCCAUCCUACCACACUCUAGGAGGGACCUUCCUGGCGCCAAAACAAGACUUCGACUGCAUCCCUUCAGUAACAGAGGAAGAAGAUGGCAUCACAUCACCUCUUCUCCUUAAUGUGACUCAUGACCAGUGCAGUUACACAGUUCAGUCACGAAAUGGAAGUAUCCUGCAGCUCCCGUGUACUCAGUGGAAUUUUGAUAACUCGACCUUCUAUUCAACUGUUACCUCUGAGUUUCAGCUGGUGUGUGGACUAGACUACCUCAGGGCAACCUACACUAGCAUCUAUAUGUUUGGGAUUUUCGUUGGAGCACCUUUGAAUGGAGUUCUAGCAGAUAGGUAUGGAAGACUCCCCUUAAUCACCAUCAGCUCCAUCCUAUACACGUUCAUCGCUAUUGGAUCCUGUUGGCUGCCCAACCUCUCAGUUCUAUUGGUUGCUAGGUUCCUCCUGGGUACUAUGCACCCCACUUCCUUGCAGACAGGGUAUAUUUUAGCUAUGGAGGUGGCAGCUCCUAAAAGGCGAUCAGAGGUCGGAGUAGUCCUGUUCUUGCCUUGGGCAUUGGGUACUGCAGCCUGGGGUGGAUUUGCCUAUUUGGUAAGACACUGGAGGUACCUGCAGCUUACAGUGUCUUUGCCAUGCUUCCUCUUUCUUCCAGCUCUCCUGUUCAUGGAUGAAUCUCCAAGAUGGCUGGUUGUGAGAGGGUCAUAUGAAAGAGCGCUAACAGUCCUCAAGAAAGCAGCGCGCUGGAACAAGGUCUCCCAAUCUUUCCCAUCUGACCAGCACCUGAUGUGCAUCUUCAGAAAUGGGCAGAAUCAGAAUCCGGGAGAGAAGAAAGCUGAUGACAACAGGAGUUUUGGCGAGAUCUUCAGGAGCUAUUUCUACAAAUCUCUCAUCUUACUGAGAACACCCAAGCUCCGCCUCAUCACAAUCGUGAUGUACAUCGACUACUUGAUUGUCGCCAUGGUUUACUUCGGCCUAUCUCUGAGUGGAAGCAACUUCAGCACCGACCCUUUCCUCUACGUCACUCUCUCCGGCCUGGUGGAAAUUCCGGGAAACACUGUCUCCAUUCCUCUCGUGACCCGAAUAGGACGUCGAGCUCUUACGACAUUCUUCUUCCUUUUGAGCGGAGGAACUUUGCUUAGCCUUCCCUUCGUACCGAAAGGCAUCGGAUGGCUCGAGAUAACUUUACUGAUGACAGGAAAGAUGAGUAUAACUAUGGUCUUCAAUAUAAUUUUCCUCUACGCCUCCGAGCUCUUCCCGACAGAAGUCCGGACGCGAGGAAUGGGUACCUCUCUCAUGCUUUCCCGAGUUGGCUCGAUGAUGUCGCCUUUCAUCACCCAAUACUUGGGAUCAGCGUAUCCUUCAGCUCCUUCUGUACUCUUCGGCGUAGCCUCCCUUUUGGCGGGAGCAGUCACCGUAGCCUUGCCCGAGACUCGAAACACCACGCUCAUAGACACAGUGGCCCAUCUAGAGCAAGACACCACUCGCAAUCAACACCGGCACUGCAAAUGCUGGCCAGAUCGAGAUGACGAGGGAUCUACAACAUCCUGUUGUGGAUGCUGGCGCAAGAGAAAUGAGCAAGGACACGAGUAUACCUCAUCUCUGGAACCUUUAGAAGACCAAACAUCCUUGAAUACAGUCUAAGAAGACGGCUUUAGAAUACCGAAUACAGUCGUGCAUUUUAUCACGUUCAAGAUGCAUAAAGAUUAGAUAAAAAAGCUUGAAACUGAUUAACCGCUCUAGCUUUGAAAGCGCUGAACCUGUCCUGGCUAUUAUAUUCUUACCCUUUGGGUUUAAACACGUCUUUUCUCAUUCACACUUCGCCUUUCUUUAUAUUUUUUCCCCAGUUUCUUAAAACAGAGCACAAUCUCUCUCGAGGCAUUCUGUUAUUUUCUUUUGGGAUCUUCCACCACAGACAUACAAACUAUAUGAAAUUUUCUAUAAGUACAGCAUAAUUGUAUUACAUAUAAAUAUGAAUACUAGUUUCAAUGAUUAAACUCAACACAAAUGAAUUCUAGUUCUAAUGAUUAAACUCAAUGCAGAGAUUUCUGAUAGAUUACCCGAAAACUAUCCAAGCAAACAACACCACGAAAACGAAACUAUAAUACCAUAUGUGAUGUGUGACAUUAUGGGUGUUUGACUCCCCGGUUCCUCGCUGCUCUCGCUCUCUACAGGUCUAAACAUCGCAAGAACUACUCGAGUAAACGCAAGGUAUUAUUACCUACGGAAUAUUCAUCCUAAUUGCUUCAUGAAGUAAAGAUGUAUAACCACAUUAAAUGUGUAUUAU